UUAAUUAUAAAUUGAAAAAAAGAUUUGAUGAAAUCAGGAGCCAGGAGCUGAAAGAGAAGGAGUGUGAUUGGUGGAGUAAAGAACAGGAAGAUUUACGGUAUGUUGUGGACCUUCUCGGAUGCUGGAGUCAAGCUCCUUAAUUAUGCAGGAGGAGCUUCCUGUGAUAAUCCGCUGUCAACAUGGCAGCGUACGGAUUCCUCAGUCUCUUAGAGGGAAAGUCAUCGCUGUUUCUGUUCAUCUUCGUCCAUGGAAUCAUGUUCGAGGAACUGAAGUUGCCGCCUAAGCAGAAAAGCUACAUUUACCAAAACAAUAUUUAAAAAUAAAAAAGAAAUACUAAUUGAAAUAUUAAUCUUGUUAGUUGUUUUAUGCAUCAUGCUCGCUUAUAUUUAGAUAAUUAAGUUUUAUGGAUUAAAAGUAAUUUUUUACAUUGUUCAUAAGUGAUAACAUGCUAACAUUGGAGUGUGUAAAUAUUUUCUGUCCCUUCAACCAAGUUUCAGCCUUGACUUGAAGAUCAGAGUUACAUAUAGCAUCCACUACUUGAAAGCAUCCAAGCUCUAAAGGACCAAAAUCACCAUUUAUUCGCGGCAACAAUCUGAAUUCCAAAUCAAACGCAAGGUCAUGAGAUGUUUGACCUAUUCCAAUCAAAUCCUCCCAACCAUUUUGGAUCCCUACUUUCUCGAUUGGUAGAUGCUAAAUAAAGCCAAAGAAAGAAUUUCUCAAAGCACAAAAAUUACUACUCACGUGCUUUGUCUAAUUAUUGUGUCACAAAACGCACCACUUUUCCUAUUCAGGCUUCCGCUUAUUCUAAUUCUAAACCAAAAUACAGACUAACAAAAGGUUUAGACAUAAUAAUGUAGCAUUCUCUUGUCUUGAAUUUGAUCUUCAAUGCCUACCCUCCUUAUUAUCAUUGUGGUGUUCAUCUCUAACUCAUGCGCAACAUCUGCUUUAAACAACUUCACUCCAAAAGAUAAUUUCCUGAUAGAUUGCGGUGCUGAAAACGUAGCAACGCUCCCUGAUGGAAGAAGAUUCAAAUCAGAAUCUGAAUCAAGCUCCUUCUUGCAAGCCACUGAUGACACCAAAGUCUCAUCCAACGAACCAAUUCCCAAACUACCCUCCCCAAUCUACUCAAACGCAAGGAUCUUCAUUCAUCAGGCUACAUAUUCAUUCCCUCUGAACCAACCUGGUUUUCAUUGGCUUCGCCUUCAUUUCUACCCAAUCGAGAACACUAUCUUUGAACUUCACAAGGCUACCUUCUCUGUGAACACAGAUAAGUAUGUUUUGCUUCAUAGCUUCAACGUCAACAAUGACACCACCAUUGUCAAGGAGUUCCUCAUCAAUGCCACAGAGCCUCACUUGUCCAUAUUCUUCAUUCCAACCAAGGAUUCAGCAGCAUUUAUCAAUGCCAUUGAGCUUGUUUCAGCUCCUGAUAACCUCAUAUUUGACACCGCCACAUCGCUUUUUCCCGUUGGAGACUUUUCGGGCUUGAGCAACUACGCUUUCCAAACGGCUCAUCGCAUCAACAAUGGUGGUCCUUUAAUAACUUCAUCAAAUGACACACUGGGAAGAACAUGGGUAUCUGAUUCUGAUGCACCUUACCUCACAAACAAGAAUUCGGCAAAGAGUGUUUCUGUGGCUACCACUGCCAUUAAGUUCCCUUCCAAUACACCAACCAUUUCUCCGCUCAUUGCACCGCAAACAGUUUAUGCUUCUGCCAUGGAGAUGGGUGAUGCUGGUGUUAACGAGCCUAAUUUCAAUGUCUCGUGGAAAUUUGAUGUGGACACCGCUUUUGAUUACCUUGUAAGACUGCAUUUCUGUGAUAUCGUGAGCAAAGGGCUAAAUGAACUCUAUUUUAAUGUAUAUGUCAAUGGAAAAAUGGCAGUUCCCAAUUUGGAUUUGUCAGCUAUUACUGGAGCUUUGGCAACACCUUAUUACAAAGACAUUGUGGUUAAUUCUUCUUUGAUGUCUGAGGGGCUAAUGGUUCAGGUUGGUCCUGCAAAUGCUGAGGGUGGGAAUGGCAAUGCAAUUAUGAAUGGAAUUGAGGUCUUGAAGAUAAGCAAUUCUGUGGACAGUUUGGAUGGUGAAUUUGGUGUUGAUGGAAGAAAAGCUGGUGGUUCAAACCGCGGUGCGGUGGCAGCGGUUGGUUUUGCAAUGAUGUUUGGAGCCUUUGUAGGUCUUGGUGCGAUGGUGAUGAAGUGGCAAAAGAGGCCGCCGGAUUGGCAAAAAAGGAAUAGUUUCUCUUCAUGGUUGCUCCCUUUACAUGCUGGUGACGCAAGCUUCUUAAGUAGCAAGAACUCAUUGGGGUCUAACAAGAGCAAUUUCUACUCCUCAACCAUGGGACUAGGCAGGUUUUUCUCGUUUGCAGAGUUGCAAGAUGCUACCAAGAGCUUUGACUCCAAUAAUAUUAUAGGUGUUGGAGGAUUUGGUAAUGUGUAUUUAGGUAUGAUUGAUGAAGGGACUAAAGUUGCUGUUAAGAGAGGGAAUCCACAAUCAGAACAAGGCAUCAACGAAUUCCAAACUGAAAUUCAAAUGCUGUCUAAGCUAAGACACAGACAUUUGGUUUCGUUGAUUGGAUACUGUGAUGAAAACAAUGAGAUGAUUCUUGUUUAUGAAUACAUGCCUAAUGGACAUUUCAGGGACCAUCUUUAUGGCAAGAAUUUGCAUCCUCUUUCCUGGAAGCAGAGAUUAGAGAUCUGCAUCGGAGCGGCCCGCGGCCUUCACUACCUCCACACAGGCACAACACAAGGUAUCAUCCACCGUGAUGUUAAGACCACCAACAUUCUCCUUGAUGAGAAUUUCACGGCCAAGGUUUCCGAUUUCGGCCUCUCCAAAGAUGCACCUAUGGGCCAAGGCCAUGUUAGCACUGCCGUCAAGGGUAGCUUUGGAUAUCUUGAUCCUGAGUAUUUCAGGAGGCAACAAUUGACUGAAAAAUCCGAUGUGUAUUCAUUUGGGGUGGUGUUGCUUGAGGCAUUAUGCGCGAGGGCCGCCAUUAGUCCUCAGUUGCCUAGAGAACAAGUAAACUUGGCUGAUUGGGCAAUGCAGUGGAAGAGAAAGGGGAUGCUUGAGAAAAUUGUGGAUCCUCAUCUUAUUGGUUCUUUGAACGCUGAAUCCAUGAAGAAAUUUGCAGAGGCUGCUGAGAAGUGCUUGGCUGAUCAUGGUGUUGAUAGGCCUACAAUGGGGGAUGUGUUGUGGAAUUUGGAGUAUGCAUUGCAGCUUCAAGAUGCUUUCACGCAAGGAAAGGUUGAAGACCUCAGCAACUCCUCUGCUUCUGUUCCUACCCCUCCUACUCUACCUAAUCAUAAUUCCAUUUCCAACCCCGCCUCGGUUGAUGAUAAUAAUGCCGCUAGUGAACUUCAUCAUCAAGAAGUAAAUAACAAUAAUGGAUCAACCCAAGUACCGGCUACUGAAGAUUAUUCUGGGACAAUGUUUUCCCAAGUUAACAAUCUUAGUGGUAGAUGAUCCAAUUUCGAUCCUGUUCACACCAACUCUUGUCUUAGUUGCAUAGUAUAUAGCAGAUACUUUGUAGUAUGUCAAACUAUAUGUUGCUUUUCUUCUAGAAACUCUUCCUCUCCAGGGAUCAUUUAAUUUGUAUUCUCUUUAGUCGGAGCAAUUAAGAUACGGUGGGCACUCACAUGAACAUGUAUUCAC